AUGGUACGGGCUGCGCCAGCUCUACCACUAGGUCUUUUGAAUGCGGCACAAGGCCAUCCAAUGCUCGUGGAGUUGAAGAAUGGAGAGACACUGAACGGCCACCUUGUGAACUGCGACAACUGGAUGAACCUGACAUUGAAGGAGGUGGUACAGACAAGUCCCGAGGGCGACCGCUUUUUCAGAUUACCAGAGGUUUACGUCAGGGGGAACAAUAUAAAAUACCUUAGAGUUCCCGAAGAAGUCGUUGAUUUAGCACGAGAUCAACAGCAGAGUCAGCAAUCAGGGCGGGGUCGUGGUGGUGAUAGACAACACAGAGAUUCAGGACGAGGUGACCGUGGGCGAGGCGGUCGUGGUGGAAGGGGACGUGGCAGGGGAAGAUAG